AUGGCACCAUUUGCGCGUCCUGAAAACGUGCUUAAAAGGGCAGAAGAACUGAUCCACGUUGAUCAGUCAGCUGCUGCUCUUGACUUGCUCUAUGAAACUAUUUCUUCCAAGAGAAGCAGAAACGUUUCCAUUGAUUUUCUGGAGCCUAUUAUUCUUAGAUUCGCAGAGCUUUCCGUUGAAUUGAGAAAGGGUAAAAUCAUCAAGGAUGGUCUUCACCAAUACAAGAAAAUCAUCCAACUUACUUCCAUUGGAUCUAUUGAGAUUGUUGUGAAGAGAUUUUUGGAACUUGCUGAGGCUAAGGUCACCGACGCUCAAGUUGAGGCCGACAAGAUUGACGCUGAUGAUGAUUUGGAGGCUGAAGACUCACCAGAAGAUAUUCUCCUCUCUACAGUUUCUAGUGAACAGACCAAGGACCGUACUGAUCGUGAAUUGGUAACUCCAUGGUUGAAGUUCUUGUGGGAAGCUUAUAGAAGUGUUCUGGAUGUCCUUCGUAAUAAUUCGAAGUUGGAAGUUUUGUAUCAGCAGGUUGUUCAUCAAGCUUUUAGCUUCUGUCUUAAAUACACCCGUAAGACCGAGUUCCGUAGACUCUGCGAGUUGCUUAGAAGCCACCUUCAAUCUGCUUCUGGUCAAUACAAGAACGCGGGUGCUUUGAACCCCAUCGACCUCAGCGACGCUGACACUUUACAAAGAUAUUUGGACACUCGUUUCGAGCAACUCAAUAUCGCUGUAAAGCUCGAGCUAUGGCAAGAGGCCUUUAGAUCUGUCGAAGAUGUCCACACCUUGUUGACAGUUUCCAAGAGACCCGCCAAGGUUUCCACUAUGGCUAGUUACUACGAGAACCUUGCUCGUAUUUUCUCUGUUAGCGGAAACAACCUCUACCAUGCUGCUGCUUGGAGUAGAUUCUACAGCUUGGUCCUUCAGGCCCGUAGUGUGCCCGAGAGUGAGUUGGUCCGUAUCGCCUCUUUGCUGUUAGUCUCAGUCCUUGCUAUCCCUCCUCGCGGAGCUGCAUCUGCUACUGGCAAUUCAUACGAAAUCGAUGACCAAAAGCAUCGCAACACCCGUUUGUCUGGUUUACUCAACUUGACCAAGACUCCUACUAGAGAGUCCUUGUUAGCUUCUGCUUUGUCAAAGAAUGUUUUGGCUCACGUUCGUCCUGAAAUCCGUGACUUGUACAAGAUCCUUGAAGUUGACUUCCAUCCUCUUAGUAUCAAAAAGCGUCUUGGUCCCGUUGUUGACAAGAUUGGUUCUGACCCCAACUAUCAGCCCUAUAUCAAGCCUCUUUAUCAAGUUAUCUUGACCCGCUUGUUUCAACAAUUGUCUCAAGUCUACAAAACUGUCAAGCUUGACUUUGUUAUCAGUUUGGCUAGUUUCCCAGCUCCUUUCAACGCCAGUCGCAUUGAAAUCGAGCGCUUUAUUGUUAUGGGUUGCCACAAGGGAGAGUUUGGCAUCAUACUUGACCACGAGAGUUCAUCAAUUACUUUCAGAGAUGAUGUCAAUCUCAAGUCUGCCCCAAGUUCCAACUACUCUGGAGCAUCUGCUCUUCAACCUACUCCUGCUGAGAUUAUUAGAUCUCGUCUCUCUAACUUGGCCAAGUCACUCUUUUCCACCGUCAGUGUUGUCGACCCCAUGUAUAUUGACUACAAGUUAGUUUCGCGUCAAGCUGCUAUUGAGCGUGCUUUGGCUGGCCUUGAGGAGGAUAAUGUUCAAGCUUUGGCCCGUAAGGAUAAGAUUGAGACUCGCCAAAAGAACGCUGAGUUGGAACAAAUUAGACGUGAGGAGGAGGAAGCAAAGAACCGUGCCCUCCAGAUUCAACAAGAGCAAGCUGCUGAGCAACAAAGACUUGCUGACGAACAGAGAAAGAGAGAAUUGGAGCGUAUUAAGCGCGAACAAGAUUCUAUUAAGGAGGAGGAAAAGAGAAAGAUCGCCGAAGAAAUUAACAGCAAGGGUAUUAUUAAGAUUGACGUUAACAACUUGGAGGACCUCGACACCAAUAAACUGAGAUCUAUGCAAGUCGAGCAACUUGCAAAAGAAAACAAAGACCUCAACGAGCGACUACGUAUUAUUGGCCGUCGUAUGGAUCAUUUGGAGAGAGCCUACAGGCUUGAGGAGAUUGAAUUCUGGGAGAAGGAUGCUGAACUUCAAGAACAGGCCGAUAUCAAGGCAUAUGAAGCCAGAAAGAAGGGUAUCCUUAUCAAAUCCAAACAACAGUAUGAAGAAGCUGUUAAUCUCAAAGCUAGAUUGGAGCGUAUUGUUCCUGACUACGAGGCAUUCCGUGCUGCUGUUGAGAGCAAGCGUCGUGAUCAAUUCGAAGCUAAGCGUGCUCGUAACCAAAAGUUACUCGAAGAGGAGAAAAAGGCUCGUAUUGCCAAGGUUCGUGCCGACCGUGAACGUGAACAAAAGAGACGAGAGGCUGAAGAGCGUGAACGCGCCGAACAAGCUGCCAGGGAUGCUGAGCGUGAAGCUGAAGAGAAACUCAGAAGAGAAGAGGAGGAAAAGAAGAAGGCCCAUAUUUAUAGACCCGGUCGCCUUUCUGCUGCUUCUGGUGCAGCUUCCACUAAUAGCGGUGAGUCUGCUUCUCCAGCUCCUGCUGCAGCCGCCACUACUGGUAAAUAUGUCCCAGGCGCCCUUAGAGCAGCUUCCGGUUCUGCUAGUAUUCCUGCUUCUGCUAGUGCCGCUAGUGCUCCUGCUUCUGCUGGUGCCGCUGGUUCUGCUGCUUCGGCACCAUCUGCCGGUAGAUACGUUCCUGGAGCCCUCAGACGGUCUGCUGGAGACGGUAGUGCUCCUGCUACUGCCUCGCGCCCUCCCCCAGCCUCUGCUACAUCACCCGCCUCGGAGUCUACUAGCUCAUCUACUCCCGCCCCUCGUAAAUACGUGCCUGGAGCAUUCUCGAGAAAAGCUUAA